GAUCGGCAGCGGCUGAACGAUUCAAAACAUAUUUAAGACAUUUGAAGACCGCAUAUAUAUUGGAAAUGGAUAAUCCCAGCUCUCCGCCACCAAACACGCCCAGUGAUGCCGCAGAGCGCCGUGGUCUGCGCGCAUCGAUGACAUCGCCAGUGGGCGACUUUGAGCCAUUCGAGAACGAGGAUGAGAUUCUCGGGGAUCAGACAGUGCGCCACGAGGAGGAAGAAGAUGGCGAGGAGUUGUUUGGGGACAACAUGGAGAACGACUAUCGUCCCAUGCCAGAACUGGAUCAUUACGAUCCGGCCAUGCUGGACGAUGAAGAGGACUUCUCGGAGAUGUCGCAGGGAGACCGCUUUGCGGCCGAGUCGGAGAUGAGGAAGCGCGACCAUGCAGCUGGUAUUCACCGCGACGAUCGCGAGCUUGGCUUUGGCCAGUCCGAUGAUGAAGACGAUGUGGGACCCCGGGCCAAGCGUAGGGCAGGAGAAAAGGCCGCGGUGGGCGAGGUUGAAGACACGGAGAUGAUCGAGUCCAUUGAGAAUCUAGAGGACACCAAAGGGCAUUCCACCAAGGAGUGGGUGAGCAUGCUGGGGCCGCGCACGGAGAUUGCCAAUCGCUUUCAAUCGUUUCUGCGUACAUUUGUGGACGAGCGCGGCGCGUACACAUAUCGGGACCGUAUCCGACGCAUGUGCGAACAAAACAAGUCCUCGUUUGUGGUCUCCUACACAGAUCUGGCCAACAAGGAGCAUGUGCUGGCCUACUUCCUGCCCGAGGCCCCCUUCCAGAUGCUCGAAAUCUUCGAUAAGGUGGCCAAGGACAUGGUCCUGUCCAUCUUUCCCACCUACGAGCGUGUCACCACCGAGAUCCAUGUCCGCAUUUCAGAGCUGCCCUUGAUCGAAGAGCUGCGCACCUUCCGCAAGCUGCAUCUCAACCAGCUGGUACGCACCCUGGGCGUGGUGACGGCCACCACGGGUGUCCUGCCCCAGCUGUCGGUGAUCAAGUACGACUGCGUCAAGUGCGGCUAUGUCCUCGGGCCAUUUGUCCAGUCCCAAAACACAGAGGUCAAGCCGGGCUCGUGUCCGGAGUGCCAGAGCUACGGUCCCUUCUCCAUCAACAUGGAGCAGACGCUGUACCGCAACUAUCAGAAGAUCACCUUGCAGGAGUCGCCAGGCCGCAUUCCCGCCGGUCGCAUACCGCGCAGCAAGGACGUCAUACUGCUGGCGGAUCUGUGCGAUCAGUGCAAGCCCGGUGACGAGCUGGAGGUCACUGGCAUCUACACCAACAACUACGAUGGUUCGCUCAAUACGGAUCAGGGCUUCCCCGUGUUUGCCACGGUGAUCAUUGCCAACCAUGUGGUCGUCAAGGACUCCAAGCAGGUGGUGCAAUCACUCACUGACGAGGACAUAGCCACCAUUCAAAAGCUGAGCAAGGAUCCGCGCAUUGUCGAGCGCCUGGUGGCCUCAAUGGCGCCAUCAAUCUAUGGCCACGACUACAUCAAGCGUGCCCUGGCCCUGGCUCUAUUCGGAGGUGAGUCCAAGAAUCCCGGGGAGAAGCAUAAGGUGCGUGGAGAUAUCAAUCUCCUGAUCUGUGGAGAUCCGGGUACGGCCAAGUCGCAGUUCCUGAAGUACACGGAGAAGGUUGCCCCGCGUGCUGUGUUCACCACGGGACAGGGCGCCAGCGCUGUGGGUCUCACGGCCUAUGUGCGCCGCAAUCCCGUCUCCCGGGAAUGGACCCUCGAGGCGGGCGCCUUGGUGCUGGCCGAUCAGGGCGUUUGCCUGAUUGACGAGUUCGACAAGAUGAAUGACCAGGAUCGCACCUCCAUUCACGAGGCCAUGGAACAGCAGUCCAUCUCCAUUUCCAAGGCUGGCAUUGUGACCUCACUGCAGGCACGCUGCACGGUCAUAGCCGCCUCCAAUCCCAUUGGUGGUCGUUACGAUCCCUCGAUGACCUUCUCCGAGAACGUGAAUCUGUCGGAACCCAUUUUGUCGCGUUUCGACAUCCUGUGCGUGGUUAAGGAUGAGUUCGAUCCCAUGCAGGACCAGCAGCUGGCCAAGUUUGUGGUGCACUCGCAUAUGAAGCAUCACCCGAGCGAGGAGGAGCAGCCAGAGAUGGAGGAGCCCACACAGAAGUCUGUGGAGGAGAUACCCCAGGAUCUGCUGCGACAGUACAUCGUCUACGCCAAGGAGAAUAUUCGGCCCAAGCUUACGAACAUCGAUGAGGAUAAGAUCGCCAAGAUGUACGCGCAACUGCGACAGGAAUCGUUUGCCACCGGCUCCCUGCCCAUUACUGUGCGCCACAUUGAGAGCGUUAUUCGCAUGUCCGAGGCCCAUUGUCGCAUGCAUCUGCGCGAGAAUGUGAUGGAGGCGGACGUCAGCAUGGCCAUACGCAUGAUGCUGGAGAGCUUCAUUGAGGCCCAAAAGUUCAGUGUGAUGAAGAAGAUGCGCAACACAUUCCAGAAGUACCUGGCCUUCCAGAAGGAUCACUCCGAGCUGCUGUUCUUCAUCCUCCGCCAGUUGACGCUCGAUCAGCUGGCCUACAUUCGCUGCAAGGACGGACCGGGCGCCACGCACGUGGAGAUCAUGGAGCGUGAUCUGAUCGAGCGGGCCAAGCAGCUGGAUAUCAGCAACUUGAAGCCAUUCUACGACUCCGAUCUGUUCCGCUCAAAUGGCUUCUCGUAUGAUCCCAAGCGGCGCAUCAUCCUCCAGAUUGUGGUGGAUGGAAACACGGCGUAAGCGAAGUGAUCGCGACAUCAUUUAUCUCAUUUAGUCGUAGGUUUCAUCAUCCAUGUUUCGUUACCCCCCAAUAAAGAUUAAAUAUAGUAAAUACAUA